AUGAACGCAGCUAUCGAUCUAAACCUUCGACAGUAUAAUUCCAGUAUCAAUGUCUUCAAGAUCGUGUCAGGUGAGUCGACGGAGAUCUCAUCGAUCAAGCUGGAGGACUACAGUUGGAACGUUCUUGGCACACUCGGCUAUCUGUUUGGCAAGACCGCAACGCCCGCCAAGGUAACAGUGAAGCAAGCAAGGACCUGGAUGUCGCAGCAGAAGUUGUGGGUUCUGGUUGAUGAAGCGAUUCCGAGGGAGAAAAGCAGCUUCGGUGUUGUUGACGCAUUGGAGAGACUUUUGCUCCUGAAAAGAAUUCUCCGUAAUGCGGGUUUUCAUUGCAUCAUGUUAGGAUCUAACACUUUAGUGAUGAAUUUCAAUGAAGCUACGCGACAGACGUUGGACAGCCGAGGCAAGAGCAAGCAGAUCAUCUGCGUCACCCAUUGA